AUGGGAAGAGUAUUAGAACGGAAAACUAUGAAAGAAAAGAAUUCUAAAACUUCAAUUACUGCAUUACAGGUCAAGUGGCCUUCUAACCCUGAGAAGAUAUUCAACAAGACAAAAUAUAGAAAAUAUAACCUGAAAAAUAGAAAUAGUUCCAAGCCUUGGGUCACCAAUACUAGCAAAUAUGAAUUUAUAGCUUCCAGACAUCUGAGUGUGGAUGAGAUUGAAUAUAGGGAGCUUAGAGGCCAGGAUGGUGAGACUACUAAGAUUACGUAUUGAAGGAACUAAAGAGAUUUGGCAGGAAGCUGUUGAUUUUAUCAGAAAUACAAAAUACAGGGAGGAAUUCGAAAGCAGUAGGGAAUGAGAUUAGGGAGGUCAGCAGGCAGAUAGGGAGUGUAGGAGAAAGCCUGGGGUGUCACUAGGAAAAUUAAAUGGUAGGCUUGUGGUGGGUUAACGGAAACUACUGGCAGACUAGGAGAGGGGGUAUCAUCACUUCUCCAUGGCUGCAAACGGCACUAUCUCACCAUUGCCCACUCCUUACCGAUUAAUUCACAUUACUCUUAUCUACCACCUCUACCCACUGUGAUUGUCAAUAUUAUUCAUUACACUACCCCUAUCCCCUCUAGAACCUUCAUAUAUUUUGCAUUGUCUUAUCCAAACACUGAAUCACUUUUAUUAUGAGCCUCUUGACAUAUCUAUGAUCAGCGACAACAUUUAAACCGUCUAACAUUGUGUAGGUCCCCCUCUUACUGCCAAAACAGCUCUGAGGAGUCGAGGCAUGGACUCCACAAGACCUUGUGUCCUGUGGUAUCUAGCACCAAGAAAUUAGCAGUGGAUCCUUUAAGUCCUGCAAGGUGGAAGGUGUGGCCACCAUGGAUCAGAUUUUUUGUUCCAGCACAUCCCACAGAUACUCAAUUGUAUAGAGAUCUAGGGAAUUUGAAGGCAGCACCUUGAACUCUUUGUCUUUUUCCUCAAACGAUUCCUGAAAUGAUUUUGUAGUGUGGCACGGUGCUUUAUGCUGUUGAAAGAGACCACUGCCAUCAGGGAACAUCAUUGCCAAAUGUGGUCGCCAACAAUAACUAGGUAGGUCAUACGUGUCAAAGUAACAUACACAUGAAUGUCAAGACCCAAGGUUUCCCAGGAAAACAUUGUCCAGAGCAUAACACUGCCUCCGUGGGCCUGCCUUCUUCCUGCUGCCAUCUCUUCCCCAGGCAAACAACGUUCAUGCAUCCAGUAAUCCAUAUGAUCUAAAAUAAAACCUGGUUCAUCAGACCAUGCAACCUUCUUCCACUGUUUCAUGGUCCAGUUCUGCAACACGUCCCCAUUGAAGGUGCUUUCGGCAGUGAACAGUGGUCAUCAUUGGCACUCUGAACAGUCUUAAGCAGCAAACUGUGUGUUCUGACACCUUUCUAUCAUGGCCAGCAUAAAGUUAUAAAAUAAAUUUGAGCUACACUAGCUAUUCUGUGUGAUCAAGCCAGAUAGGCUAGCCUUUGCUCCCCACAUGCAUCAAGCCUUUGGCUGACGCUGGUUCACUGGUUGUCCUUCCUUGCACCACGUUUGGUAUGUACUAGCUACUGCAUGCCGGUAACAACCUACGAAACUUGAGAUUUCGAAGAUGCUCUGAGCCAACCAACAAGCCAUCACUAUUUGGCCCAUGUCAAACUCACUCAGAUCCUAUCAUUUGCCCAUUAAACCUGCUUCCAACACAUGAAAUUCGAGAACUGACUGUUCAUUUGCUGCCUAAUAUAUCCCUCCCCUUGACAGGUGCCAUUGUAAUUAUAUAAUCAAUGUUAUUUACUUCACCUGUCAGUGGUUUUAAUGCUGUAGCUAAUCAGUGUAUGGUAUGAUAAUCUAACUCACAUCUCAUCUGUGAUAUUCUGCUUUCAUUAUGGGUAGAAAUGUUCUUGAUAAAGAGAACAAUUUCAAGUUAUUACAGUUCCAAAAUGCUCUUAAGCCCAUAAAAAUAUAAAGCAAUUGAAUAUUCUUGAAUAUUCCGAGCAUAAUGAGUCACAUUUGUCCUGGUUUGAAACUGUCAACAAAUGUAGGUUUAAUCAUUUAUCUUCUUACAUAUAGAAUAGGAAACAGUUGAAUAGGGAAUAGGUCAGUGAGGUGGGUAUUCAAUCUACAAAACAACAAAUGUCAAUGGAACAGGUAGACAUUCCAUCUACAUAUGGAAGAUGCGUAGGAUAACAAUGGUUUUUGUAAUGGAAAAAGUGAGUAUUUUCUUUCACAACAUUAACAGGGUUAUUCACUAAACUGAAUAUUUAGUGAAUUUAACCUUUUUAGCUUUAAAAAAUAACAAGAAACCUAUUUAAUUAGCAGAGAGAGGUGGGAGGGAGCACACAGUGAAAGAGGGAAGAAUUUUACUUCUGUUGUAAUUCUACUUCUGUUGAGCAUCCAUAUGCAGGACUGCGGUCACUUUGACAAAUUAUUCUUGUAGCGUAUCAAGGAACUUCUGGCACCGUAACCAUUACAGCUGCUAUAGUGGUUAUGGUGAUUGGAGUUUUCUUUUAGGAUAUUCAAUAAAGUAAUUAGAAUGAACUGAUUUUAAUAUACAUAUAGACAAUGUAAACACCCUCUGUAGCAACUUUAUUGGAUCCAUUUUAUCAUUACUGUAAAAAAAACUGAAAAUUAUGUGGCAGCAAUCAAUAUAUAAUGCAUAUAGACAUGGUAAAGAGGUUUAGAUAUUCUGCCAAACAUUAAAAAAUGGAGACUGACGAGGUGUUAUUCUUGGUACUAGAUAAGCGUUUUUCAUUCUCUCCACAACAGCUGACUUACUGGUAUUUUUCAAUAUAUGGUCUAUGCAGAUAGAGAAUUACAAUCAAUACAUUUCAAAGAAAAUUGUUUAGUAAAUAUAUAUAACUCAGAGAGUGACAGGUCCAUGGGUGAAAACACCAUGUCAAUAAUGAGAGGUGAUAGGAGAUUGUUAAAGCUGACAUACCAUAUGUACUUAUCCAUUCUUCACAACAGUGUAGUGCAGAAGAACAUCUGUGAGUGCCCAUUGUGUUCUGUAGGGCCGACAUCAGAAAAACAUGCCAGGUUUCAUUCCUUGUCAGCCAAGAAUAGUUAGAUAAGAUUACAGUGUUCAUGUGAUCAUUCAAACUGGCAAAUAAGAGACAAAAGUUGCCUGGUCUAAUUAGUGACAAUUCCAGAUCUAACUGGCAGAUUCAAAGGUCACAUGGCUCCUCAAUGGCGAUUGAGACAAGGCAUUCAGCAAAUAUAGUAUACAGUGAAAGCAUAAUGAAUUGGCAGAGGUACAGAGUUUCAAUCGGUUUCACAGUGUAGAAGCGCUUGCACAGCAGUCGUGUGUUCAACUGCAUGAUAAAAUUUUUCAUCAGAGUGGGCAGGUCCAGUGUGCAUGUACCUCUCCAGGAGAGUGGUAGGUGCAUUGCUAAACCUGGAAAUAAAAACUCUUUUAUAUGAAAUUUUCAAAAGGUAUACUAUACCUGACCUCACAACUUCUGAGGUGUUGCCGAAUCCCUUUAUGGCUCCAGGACCAGGAUAAACAAGAGUGGGGAUAGUGGGCAGCACUGGCGUGUGCCGGUUUUAGGUCAAAGGACUUCGUGGUGGCUCCAGGCAGUAUUGUUUGCACCCUGGGGUUUGUGUAAGGUGCUUGUUUCGCACUGACGAAGGCCGCUGGCAAUCCUAUCUCUGACAGGAGUCUGAAGAUGUAGUGCCAAUGGACUCUGUCGAACGUCUUCUCUGUGUCCAGGGAAAGGACCUCGGGCGUCCGAGACCUCCCCACCCACCAUAUCAGGUCCACAGCCCUACGUGUGUUUUCAUAUAGUUGUCGUGUGGAAACAAAGCCCACUUGGUCUGCGUGAAUAUAUUUAGUGAUGAGUGGAUUUAAGCGGGUGGCUAGCAUAGACUUUCAGGUCAUAAUUUAUGAGGGAUAUGGGGAGAUAAUUAUUUGGGACAUUAGUCCCAUCUCUACCCGGUUUAGAGAUUAGGGCUAUAUCUGCAAUGGCAAGGUCAGGGUUUGCUGCCUCUCCCUCCAUCUAUGUUUUAUACAUGUUGGUCAGAUGGGGCACCAAGUCCUUCUUGUAAUAGGUGCCAUCGAACCCGUCUGGUCCCAGUGAUUGCAGUAUUUCGCUGGAAGAGCUUUCUGGCGGUUUGCAGGUGGGUCCAGGCGCUCCGGCAGUGCUUGGUGAGUGUGGCCUAGUGGGGCUGUCAUUCCCUUGCACGCCAUGUGCUGCAGGCCUCUGCGAGUUAAGCAUGUCUGCCACUGAUGGCAUUUCUUUGUGGCUCUUUUGGCUGUUUUCCGGAUGGUUAUCAGUACCCGGUCUCUCUUUGUUAUGUGGGUCAACUCAGGGGUGGGUCUCUGACCUUUUUGUGCAAGAUUAUGCUGAAACAAGGCAGUUUUGUGAGCGUUUGGUGCAGAGCUCUGGAGCUAUAAGGCCAUCACGGUCGGAAGUCAAACCACGCUCCCCACCCUUCUAUCCAGAGCUGUGUAUCCAAGCCUUUUUAUUGAUAAUAAAUAGAAUAUUAACGGUCUUUAAUCCAUUAAAGGUUUACAGGUUGUUUGAUCAACGUUUUGACCCGUUCGGGUCUUCCUCAGGAUAUAUAUUAGGGGCAAAUUUAAGGGGGUACUAUUGUAGGCACUAUAACAACUUCUAAAGGAUGACAAUUUAAUUAUAUGCCUGGCAGACCAUACAAAAAAAUGUAAACAUAAAAAUAUUAAAAAUAAAAAAAAGAGUGAGAGUUUUAAUAAAUAUAAAAGCAUAUCUCUCUUUUAGGUGGCCCCUUUUGCACUCGCUUAGCAGAUGACAGCAGUCCCUAGAGGCCUUGGACUUCUAAUGUAAAAAAAAUAUUUUAUAGAAAAAUAUUUCUUUCAAAAAGAUAUUUAACAUUGAAAAAAUAAUGAUGUUGGAAAUUUAAUUGCAAAAAACUGUAUCAAAUUAGUUGUUUACGGCUCAGUCUUCCUGCCAAGCUCCAUUAACAUUGUAUCCAUAAAAGUAAUGAUUUACAUUAAAAAAAAUAUCAACAUGUAAAAUUAGUGAAAAUAAUAUAGUGGCUCUGUCACAUCAAACUUACCUUUUUCUUACCUCUUUUCUUCAUUUCUGAUCUAGUUCUCUUUAAAACAUAAGACAAAGUAGGCACUAUUUUGUCUUGUGUAAUUUUCCAACGUCUGACAAAUGUGACAAAAGGGUGGAGCUUAAGGCUUCACUUCCUUUGUCAAACCAGCCAAGGGCAAAUGUUUGUUCAAACCAACCAAGGGCAAAUGUUCUCUUUAUGUUUUAAAGAGAAAUUGAUCAAAAAUGAAGCAAAGAAAAACAGAUUUUGAAAGAGGAAAUGGAAACAACAGUAGAAUGGUAAGUGUUAGGUGAUAGAGUCGCUUUAAGAUUUUAUUUAAGUACAAUUAUAAUCCACAUGCAUAAUCGCACGUUAAUUGGCAAAAAGCGCCUUACAAAACCCACUUUAACAUAAGUUUCAAGAGUGCUGAUUCUUUGAAUGCAACACUGCUAUGAUAGUGUAAAUAUUCACUCACGCUUACAAUCACACGCUCUAAGAGCCGCAAACAGCUCAUUUUAGAAGUUCUACUGCAAUGAAGAUAUGGGGGACAUUGCCUUGUAUUCUGCCUUGUAUUAUUUGGCAACUCAAAUAAUGAGGAAGACUUCUGCACUUCUGCAGUGGACGUAACGCAUAUAAUAUAAUACAUAACAAUAAAGUAAUGCUAUUGAGGGAAUUUAUAAAGACUAAGUCCAGAGGUUGAGCAGUCUAUGGAAGUUUCCAGAACCAUAAUAUAGCAUUAAUUUUAUACUGUUUGGAAAUGUUUUGACUUCUUACCUGUGGUCAACUGGACACUGCUUCCCAUCUUCUCUUAGCUACAAGUGAGAGCUUCCGUGUGUACUCCUGAGCUAAGUGAGAGCUUCCGUGCACACUCCUGAGCUAAUUAGAGCUUCCGUGCACACUCCUGAGCUAAGUGAGAGCUUCCAUGCUCAUUCCUGAGCUAAGUGAGAGCUUCCGUGCACACUCCUGAGCUAAGUGAGAGCUUACGUGCUCAUUCCUGAGCUAAGUGAGAGCUUCCGUGCACACUCCUGAGCUAAGUGAGAGCUUCCGUGCUCAUUCCUGAGCUAAGUGAGAGCUUCCGUGCUCAUUCCUGAGCUAAGUGAGAGCUUCUGUGCACACUCCUGAGCUAAGUGAGAGCUUCCGUGCUCAUUCCUGAGCUAAGUGAGAGCUUCCAUGCUCAUUCCUAAACUAAGUGAGAGCUUCUGAGAACUACUGUGCGCACUCCUGAGCUAAGUGAGAGCUUCCAUGCACACUCCUGAGCUAAGUGAAAGCUUCUGUGCACACUCCUGAGCUAAGUGAGAGCUUCCGUGUGCAUUCAUGAGCUAAGUGAGAGCUUCCAUGCGCACUCCUGAGCUAAGUGAGAGCUUCCGUGCUCAUUCCUGUGCUAAGUGAGAGCUUCCGAGAGCUUCAGUGUGCACUCCUGAGCAAAGUGAGAGCUUCCGUGCUCAUUCCUGAGCUAAGUGAGAGCUUCCAUGCUCAUUCCUGAGCUAAGUGAGAGCUUCCGUGCCCAUUCCUAAGCUAAGUGAGAGCUUCCAUGCUCACUCUUGAGCUGACCCGGGAUGUGCAGGAUUAGCUCACUGUAUGAGAGAGUCAGCUGAUUUCCCUCAGACAAUGAACACACCCCUGCAUCCCGAGGGCUUAGCCUUCUGGCUGCGGGACAGGGAACAAGGCCUGGUGGACUGCAGGUCAAAGGUCUAACCAUUACCAAACAGAUUGACUACUUUCAUUGGGGUGUGCCAGGGCACUUCUGACAUCAUAAUAACUACAGUACACUGUAGUAGUUAUGUUUUUUUAAAGGGACACAACAGUCCACUAUAGCACUUCCACUAUGCUCAACUGUUUAAAGUGAAAGGCAUCAGGUCCUGAAUCCUUCUUUUCAAAUAGUUUUUAUUGAAAGUUUUGCAAAUUUUAAAACGAAUUAUAAGAACAGUAUAAUAAAGGAGGGGAAAGGAAGGGGAAACUUGGACAGAGGAAAGGGGAGGUCCAUCCAAUGUUACAAUCAAUAAAUAAUGUACAAGGCAUGUAAACUACAAAUACUGUACAGUUAGAAAGCAAGUCUUACAAAUUAUAAACUUGUUUAAUUUCAAUUUACCAUUAAUCCCAAUGGAAUUUUAGUGUAGCAAAGAUGUGUGAGUUGUUUCUGUGUGACAGUUCGUGAGACUUAUUGUCUAUAGCCAGCUUUAGCACUUCUUUAAUUGAAGGAGUAUGUUUAGUUUUCCAGUACCUAGGUAAGUACAAAGUGGCGGCUCUCAGGAUGUGGCCUAUUAUUUUAUUAAUUCUGUUGACGGACUCAGGGAAUUUCUGAAUCCUUCUUUAUGAGAAGCUUUGGAUUGGACGUGAGAUCAUCAAGAUUAAUCUGAGAUAGAGGAACGGUGAGGCAAAGAGGAGGGGGGUCCUAUAUCUAAAACCAAAAAGGAACACCCCAAAGUUAAAAUAGAAUAUGUUUAUUUUUAACAUCGUAUUGUUCCUUUAAAUACACAUGUAUAAACAAUGACUAUAUUAUAAGAUAAUUUGUCAUUGACUUGUAAUACAAAUAUACAAAUUCUAACUUUGUGAUAUUAAAACGAUGUGUUCACAAAUCCAUUUCACAAACAGUUAUGCAUAACAGCUUGGAGGGUUUGGAGCAUUAGGGUUAGAGGUUACAACCCCCUAUCCAAUGCUCAGAUGUAUGCACACAUACACAUGCAUUGCCACACACACAAAGAUACACACACAGCCACACAGAUAAACACACAUAUUAACACACAAAGAUACACACACAUAUUGACACAAAUACACUUCCACACAAACACAGAUAAAUACAUAUGCUGACACACACACAGAUACACAUACACAAACAUAUGUACAAAAAAACAGAUGAGGCUGGCUAUGGAGGACAUUGACCAGGGCUUCUGGUACUUGUGUCUCUGCAUCAGAGCUUUUAACCUCCAAAAAGGCACAUUAACUGCUCAAAACAUGCACCCCCUACAGUAUAGGAGCCUAUAAGCUGGUACCUUCUCUGCCUAAUGGUAAAUCUGGCGUUGCCCAUUGAAGAAACAAAACAUUACUGCAAAGAAAUGCACUGAAUUCUUUAUAGAGCUCAUAACACUUCAGCUGGAAGACACCUCCAGGUAUCUACUACUAUUUCUCAAAGUUGUAAUUUUACACUAUAUCCUUCAGUCUUACUUCCUCUAAUUUCAAAUAAUAUCAUUGUGUAUCAGUAAUCAUCUUACAUUUUAUUUGAUUUGAUUUAGAAUCACCUUAAUAAAUAUGGUAAUAUCUAUCUUUUUUUAUUCACAUUUUAAUCCAAGCAAUACCCCUUUAGUUCACAAAUUCUUUUUUCCUGACACAUAUUGCUAUAGUGAAUGUUAAUCAUCCUGUGGCCUCUACUUGAAGCAUGUCUGCAUGUUUUCUCCUUCCUUCCAGUCAGUGACACUUCCCAAAAAUGAACCCGAUGGAUAACCUGAUUUAGCCCACAAGAUUUUUCCUUUCUGUUAGCCAAGACGAGUAUUGAGUGAUCGCCUUAUGAUCAGACCGGACACACUAGCUUUAUUCUUGCUGAACAGUUAACUACUGUGAGUUUGUUGUGUUUGCAACAAAAGAUUUUUUAAAGUAAACGUUGCUUCUUCAUUGUUCAGCAAGACGCGAACCCAGUAGAACCUUGCUUCUUGUUCCUGGUUUUCAAGUUUGGGUGCAUUUUAUAAAUUCCUUGUCACUGAGAUGGAAACGCCUUUAACACUAGCUCUAAGGGAGACACAUCAGAAGCAAAGCCGUGAGGCCAAACAUUUCAGUUUGCAGUUACAGAGGGAAGGUAGUCAGUCACUGAAAAAGUGAUCAACUAUUUCACACCAAGCACUUUAACCUCCCGCAGCUCCGGCAGCCUGAGCACACGCACUGGAAUAUAUCUAAGCCAAGAACAUGCCCAGUGGUUUUAUAUGGGACCAAACCUCAUCGCUAUAAAUCUGUAAAAGGUAAAUCUCAGCAGCGUGCAGCUUCAUAGUGAUUGACAUACUAAGAGUGGACUGAUAUUUAUUUGCAUAAUCACAGGUUUCACUUUAACCCCUUAAGUGCCAGUACCUUAAUUCAAGAGAAUGUUGGAGUGGUAACGCUUUAUUUAAUACUUAUUUACUUAGAAUUAUAGAUGCAGGAUUCAAAAUUAUUAAUAUUGUAUUUUCAUAAGAAGAACUAUUUUAAAUUCUACUUUUUUCUUGUGUUAACAUCCUGAAGCCCAUUCAAGUUGAUUUAUGUUUACUUUCUGAUUUCGAUUUAUCACUUUGAUGUUGGAAUAAGGAUUGUUAAUCAUUUUUAAAAUAUAUCUGUGUAUUUAUAUAUGUAUGCAUGUAUCUAUGUAUUUAUUUAUUUUUAGAAUAGACAUAUGAGUCAGCAGCCCAUGACUCUGGCCUAUCGGGAGUCCCAGCGGUACUUCCAAUAUCUACUAGUGUAAACCAAGAGGUGAUUGCAGGUGGUGAGAGGCUAUCCUCAAUGCACUAAUUGCACACUUAGAGGAAUUGAUCUCAGAUCACUUCCUCCCAGCACUUGUGAAUGGUAAUCUGCACUAGAGUAAAGCUAUCGGAACUCCUGCCCAUGACCUGUACCUGGCCAGCCGCGUCCAGGGGGAAGUCACCCACACUGCUAGAUAUACAUAGAGCUGCAUAAGAUGUCUAUCUUAUACAAAUCAUACAUUCAGCCCACAAACAAACAUACACAGAAUCUCCAAAAACGCAAUACCACUGACAAUCCACAUACAUGUACACAACCCCAAAAGCAGCCUCUCACAUGCAAUACCAUAAGCAGCCCCCCCCCCACACACCACCAAACACACAAUGUGACAUAUCAUCCACACACAAUUCCACAAGUAGCACCCGUACACAGCCCACAUUCAUAGAUGUUACAUACAAUACCACAAACUACUCACGAAUAGCUCACAUUCGCACAAUUACAAAGUUACAAAGCAACUGUAGUACCCAUAAAUAACAUAAGCAGAAUAUGGCAACAUACACACCUCAAUUUUUAAAAAAUAGAACCGUCACACCAAGGGAAUUCAAGAUCUUGUUUUGGCUCAGUACUACUAAAAGGUUGCCUAACCCUUAUAUAGAGUCUAGAUAUCACCUUUCUCAUAAGUUGACCGCAUAUGAGAUAAUGUUCUAAUGUUGCCUCUUGACCCCCAAUCCCUCUGAAAUCCAUGUAUAUCAGUUCUAUGAAAGAAGUUGAAAAUGCAAAUUAAGAUUCCCAAUAGGGGUUUAUUCACAAAUUAUCAGGUUAUUUCCAUUUGACGAACAUACCCACAUUUUGAAAGAACUCCCAACUUGGAGAAUCAAUCUGUCCAACAUUUUUUGUAACACUGUUAUUCACUGUUGUAUGAGUAAACCUUUUAAUAUAGAGAUGUCAAAUGCCAGACUUUGUGAUGUUUGAGAACUACUAUUCCCAUGGACCACUUGCCAGUCACUACCUACAUUUAUAACUGGGCACAUUUUAUCGGAUAUGUACUAACCAAAGAGCAGGAUUUUCUAUAUUUAAACAGCACCAAUUUAUAGUCUAUUAAAUUCAUGAAAGAAAGAAUAAUACAUAAAAAUAAAAUAAAAUUAAGGAGAUGUAUCUGCAUAAGUCAUGGAUAUAUGUAACUAUUAAAUUAGCUACGGCAAUACUUCUGCAUUUACGCUAAACUAGGGGGAUUGGUGACUAGACGCCACCAUGUAAACCAAAUUAAAAUCAUAUACAUAUCUAUCUUUCGCACAUACAUAUAAAAAACUGUUAGUGUUUGAAUUAAAAAUGUGAUAAGGCCACAAUGGGUUUAUUCAUAAAAUGUAGGCCCAAAUAGAUGAGUAUAUAUAAAAAAAAAUAAUCUCAAUUGAGUUAAAGCUUUUCCUAGUGCAGUUUAACCUAAAUGAUCCAGUUUACUUGCCAAUUCACCAAUGUGAAUUCACCAAAGUCAUACUAUCUACUUAGAGUUGUCUAAACACAAUACAUAACACACCCCAUAACAUAUGUGAAACUAUGGUAAAUUGAAGAAAUAGUCUGUUUUUGGGGUGUGUGUCUACAUAGGAUGCUACAGGAGAGUCCACCAUGUUCUACAGCCAUUGGGCAGCCUAUGCUGUACUAUAUGUAUUUUAACAACGCAUCUAGUUACUAUAAUUAUUGUGCUAGAUUUUACAAUCAUACUGGGAUAUCAUAUUGAAAGCUUUCUUCCUGGAUAUGUGGUCACUUAUCGUUCCUUCCUUAACUUUUUUCAUUUUUAACUUUUCUCAGGACCAGUUGAAAGGAAAUUUAUAUAUUUGUAGUUUAGGAUUAUUAGUUAUAUUUAAGGUUAUGCACUGACAAUCUUGUGUACUACAACUGCCAUAGCCCUUAGCCAGACUGAGUUAUUCCACGGUAUCUUAAAUGUCCACCGGAUUCAUGGAUACGUCUCAGUACCAUGUGCUUUAACAAGACACAUAAAUGAAUUGCUGUCUUGGUGUGCAUGCUAAACGAACUGCAUCAGAUUGAAUAGGUCAUCGUACUUGGUGCUUAAGUGAAGAUUUUUAAAUAAUAGUAAACCAUACUAAGUAUAAUCUAAUAAACCAGCAUGAUAUGGUGUGUAAAAUGAUCUUAGCAGUAAAAAGAUUUUUGGUUUUGGUUGAUGGGUUUAAGGAUUUGUCUAGGAUUGCCUGAUAGAGAUGUCGCGAACCGUUCAACAUGGAGCUGCCUUCAACAUGGAUGCUGUCCAGGAGGUGGGAGGGUCUGGGAGGGAGGGUCUGCUGGAGAUUGGCCGGGAUGUGUCAGCUGACCGGAGCUCGCCGCGAACGGUUCGUGGCGAACCGCAGCGAGCCGUUCGUGGGAAGUUCGCGAACGGUUCGCGACAUCACUAUUGCCUGACCUUACGAGAGGUUUAGUUGAAAUUGGGCAAUUUUAUAGCGUACAGCAGCAAUAAAGAGAGCAAAGUAUUACAUAGGUGUAUUCGUUCACGAAACAGCAAGUUAUGAUCAGCUGACAAACUAUGUCAGACUCUUAUAAUUAUCCAACUCAGCUAUUUUGGCCUAAGCUUCAAAACAGUGUUCUCUAAUCAUCUCAGCGCACUGUUUAGUGAACAAACCCCACUCAAUAUUUAAUAUAUAUAUUGCACAUCCUACAGCUCACAUAAUCACCGGCUGCAGCGUGUUAGUCACCAUUCCAGGUCAUUACUUUAUUAUACAUAAAUGAUUUAUUGCUGGGUCAUGUACAGCAUUAUUAAUUUUUCACAAAUGUUUUGCAUUCAAAAGAAUGGUCUGUUUUGACUAUAAAUAUAAUGAGGGCAAAACAAGUUUAUGUUUCCUGUUCAGUAUUUUUAUUUCAAUUCAGAUCUGAAUACAUUGUGAAAAAAAUAUUACUUACUUGCAUCUUUCCAAGGUUUACCAGUUGGAGUUCUAUGCUAUUUAGCCAGGCCUUAAAGGGACACUCCAGAUCCCUUAAACACUUUUUGUUUGCAGACGUACUUUAUGUGUGAAGAGUAUGACCUAGUUUUUCAUUUUGCAAAAAAGUAUAGGUUUCAAUAGAAAUUGGCGUUUUUAUUUUUUCUAAAUUAACCUUGUUACAAACCCUGACUGUUACUUCCUGGUUGUUUAGCUCAUUGGAGCUAAACUAAAGAGGCAGCAAUUGCUCAGAGUAUCUGCCUUUUAAUGACGUCUCAUUGAGCUUCAUUUGAAAGGCUGUGAUUGGACAGCCACAGAAAGACGAGAUAACUGCAGGUUUUAAUAAACUCUCAAUCAUUAAAUGCACACUUGUCAAAAAUAAAAUCUACAAAACAGUCAUUUUUACAUUUUUAUUUGGGUAGUGGACUUUCCCUUUUAAAGUUACUAGCCACUCGAAUGCUUACCAGAGGUGAAUUUCUACUCACCUGGCAAAAUUUUAACUAACCAGUGGCUUUUAGAGAGUGGAAAUUUAGAAAUAUUAUUAUAUCGUAUUGUUUUAUUCUGUUUUAUGCUAUUAAUGGUCCUUGAGGAAUUCUGUAUAUUUAACAGAUGAAAUGCACAGGACAUGAAUUUUUUCCUUUUGAAAAAGCCUUUCAAGCAUUGAAAGUUUUCUUUUAUGCCAAAGAAGUUCCUUAAACAUUCAAGGAGGGAGAUCCAGACCCCCCAACAGGCAUCUUGAUAUUAUUAUUAUUAUUUAUAUAGCGCCAACACAUUCCGUAGCGCUGUACAAUGGGACAUGCCUCUUAACACCAACUCGUGAGUGCAACUCUAAGCAUUUGGGGCUUAUUCACUAAACAGUGUUUUACUAUUGUGUGCUUUUCAUUUUUAGAUUUCAGCUGUAUUCCUAUUUUGUAUAUUCCAAUAUUUAAUUUUAAAAAGCGCCAGUUUCUAUGAAACUUUUUGAAAGUGCAUUAGGGGUCUGGAGUGUCCCUUUAAUUAAGCACUAUGCAACGGUGCUUUUCUGUGAAGUUUUUGUAGAUGAGAAGAUGAAUGUUCAUGGCAUAGCAUUGUAAAUGGCUGCAUUUAUAUAAUUAGUAGGUAACUGUGUAUUAUGAAACAUAAAUGCGUUUUUAUCCGUCUCUCCCUCUUUACAUCUCGCAGCAUUGGUAAUCAGUGAGUGGAAGGUCAGACAGUCGAACUGUAAAGAUUGGCUGAUAAACAAUUUGUUAAAGACUCACCCACAACAGGUUUUGUAACAUUGUUCGUUUCAUCUCACAGAGCUAGGGGCUCUAGGGGGAACCUUUCACCAAGAGUUUGUUAUACACAGAAGCAACAACCUCGCAGGCUGAGGUGACCCAGAUUGUCAUCUUUGGAAUGUAGUAUAUGUUUAUGUAUGUAUAUAUCUACAAAAUAGGAGAGAUGGUUAAAAUGAGGUUAGCUGUAGCUAGCUGCACAAUAUUCUGAAUAUGGAGCAAAAUAUAAACACCAGCCGUAACGUAAACUAUAAACCAGCCAUAAUGCUACAGAUUUGAGUUGGUGUAUUUUGAAGUGCAAUUUAAGGUUAUUUUAUUUAUUAUAGUUAGAUGACUAUUUCCGUGGGCAGUAGUCAAAGUUGAUAUAAGGGCAUCAUUUAAUCACGCUAGAUCUAACAAGUUACAAUUAUAAGUAAAAUGUACUGAUGACUACUGACUAUUACCAAGUCAACAUAUAGUUAGGGGCAUGGAGGGAGGCAGAGACUCUCUAUUUUAAUCUUCACUUAAGUAUGCUAAUGUAAGUGUGUGAUUGGUUCUCAUUAUUGACAAAGGGAUUAGAUAUCUCCCCAGUUCUUUAUAAAAGGAAUGGUUAUCAUCUUGGAAAAGGGAACUGGUAAUCGGUGUCUCAUACUAUUACAGGAUAGACUAUAGAGCAGGACCCCCUGAGACACUCUAGAGUUUGUAAUUUUUGUAUAGGCUCCAAAAAGGUUAAAGGGACACUAUAGUCACCAGAACAACUGCAGCUUAAUUAAUUUGUUUCUGGUGAGUAAAAUCACUACAUUCAGGCUUUUUGCUGUAAACACUGUCUUUUCAGAGAAAAUGCAGUGUUUACAUUACAGCCUAGUGAUAACUCCACUGGCCACUCCCCAGAUAGCUGUUAGAGAUCCUUCCUGGGUCAUGGCUGUCUAAAAUGCAUCCAAACAUUCAAUAUCUCCUCCCUCUGCAUGCAGACACUGAACUUUCCUCAUAGAGAUUCAUUGAUUCAAUUAAUCUCUAUGAGGAGAUGCUGAUUGGCCAGGGUUGUGCUUGAAUCAUGCUGGCUCUGCCCCCGAUCUGCCUCCUUGUCAGUCUCAGCCAAUCCUAUGGGGAAGCAUUGUGAUUGGAUCAGGCUACCACUUCUGAUGAUGUCAGCAGACUGCUUGUUUUUUUUUUGUUUGUUUUUUAGGCAAACAGCAUGCAGAUCUACAGCUUCUGGCUUGAAUACAAUAAGAUUUUGCUAUAUUUAUGGAGGCAUGAAGGGCCCAGGGGGUCUAGAUGGUGGUUUUAACACUAUAGGGUCUGGAAUACAUGUUUGUGUUCCUGACUCUAUAGUGAUCCUUUAAUAAAAUGUGUUUGCCAUAAUUGCUCUCUUCUGGGAAUAAAAUUACUACUGUGGGUCCCAGGAACUCUUGAUGCCCAAGGGCUCAGUAAACUGUCAACCUGGCUAUGUUUAUUAUUAGCAGUGGCAUUUAUAUAUGUGUGACGAGUGUGACCUAUUUUUUCAUUUUACAAAAAAAGGUAGAUUUCAAUAGAAAUUGGCACUUUCAUAAUUAAACCUUGUUACACCCCGUGUCAAUCAGACACCAUGUCCUGCUACUUCCUGGUUUGUUUAGCUCAGUGUCAACUUAUUUUACAGUGCUUUACAAUUUAAAAAAAGGGAUUUAACAGUUAAUUAGAUAAGCUAUUACAAAUGUUAACAGAAACAAUAGGUUCAUGAGAAUCCUACUUGAACAAGCUUAGAAUCCAUUUCAUAUUUGUACCAUGCAAAAAGCUAUUCAGAAUUGGUAAAUCAGUAUUUAUUUAUUCAUAGUGGCCUAAUUAUAUAUAUAUAUAGAAAUUGCCGGACCCCCUGAGACACUCAUAUAUUGGUGUGUAAUCCAAAACUGGAAACAUUCUGAAAGGCAGGUGUGCUUUUAUUUCAACUACUUUGGUCUUGGAUUUGAAAUUCACUUUGAAUUCUUACUUAGGUGAAAACCCUGUGAAUGAAAUAAAUGUAAAAAAAUUAAAAUCUAAAUAUCAAACUGCUAAUAGGUUGAUAUCUUCCAUAGACACACAUUAUUCCUUUGUGUACCCCCAAAUAUAUAAUUGACAUGAUUUAGGCUUAACGGAACACUAUAGGGUCAGGAACACAAACAUGCAUUCCUGACCCUAUAGUGCAAAACCCACCAUUAAGGUGCUAUAGUGCUAGGAAUACAUCUUUGUUUUUAAAAAUUAUGUAACGGACAAAAUAAUUAAUUUUACAUUAUUAACAAUAUUUUAAAUUUAUAUUGUUACAAUUUUUUUUUAUUUGUCUCUGAGCUGCCAUGUAUGCACAACAUAUUUCAAAUAAAUACAUGGCUAAUAUAUUUUAAACUUGAAAAAUACUUAGUACGGAAGAGGAAAACAUAUACAAAACUGUUCAUGCCAUGUUCUUUAAUGUAAAGUGGUUUCAAGUGUUUUACCUGCUAUGACCUUCUGAUGGCAGCUCCAUUAAAACUUAUCACCAAUGUAAGACAAGACUUGCAAUUAUAAAUAUAAAUAGAUAGAUUUACUAGUGGUGUAAAUAGCCAUCCUGCUCCUGCAUUCAGUGAUGUUUGGAAGUCAGUUUAAAGAUCCAUGUUAUCCACUAUCAUGCAUCGCAGGCUGGCUUCUGAACAUUAAAACAGAGCUAAGGGCAACCAGUGCAUCUAUUUUCCUAGCAGAAAUGCUAAGAAAAGCAUGACUCUAGAGUCCUAACAAGUUUAAGUCUGUUAUGGAAGGGGGUCAAAUAAUGUAUAAAUCUUCUUUAUUUAUUUCUAGGACAAAACCGUUUAAAAUAAACACAGAAAAAAGACCUGAUUUGCAAAAAACAUUGACAAAUUAAAAUAGAUAUACAUCGAUAAAUAUUUUCUCUCAUGAAAAGUGAGAUGGCCAUUAGAGAGUUGUAAUUGGUUGGCUUGCAAGUCACCCAAUCAAAGUGCACUGAAUUAGCUUUCGAAGGUGAACUCUCACGGUAUUGGUUGUGUCAGUGGUUUUGAUUUUUGAUUUCUGUGUUGUUGUUUUUUUUAACUGUUUCAUACUUUUUUUUAAUGAAUUCUUAUUUGCCAUUUUUUGGGGCCUAAAAAAAAGAAGUCGGAGUCCACUAGCAUUGUAUAGCAAGUCAACAUGUUUUAUUUGCACAUACAAAUACUUGAUUACGACACUUUACCUAAUAAAACCCUAACGUGUGAUUUGUUGUUUUUUUUCAUAUGAAUCAUAAAUCUCAAUAAAAUUACACAUCUCUAUGAGUCUCUUUGAACUGGAGAUUUCUCCUCAAUGUUUCUUUAUAAAAACCAUUUGAAUGGACAAUGGCAAACAGUAACAAGGACGUAAGUGCUGGGUUUAAAAAGGGUGCAUUUUCAUCAGCUGUCGAGGUCAGUUCUGAAGCUAUCGAAAGGUUUUAGGAAUUAAGAAACAUUUGUGCAAAUUUUUUGCACAUUUUUAUUUAUGUGCAUAAGAAAUAUAAGUUUGUGGACAUUGUAUUUCACUGUAAGUAAGCAUCUAUAUACAGAAAUUGUUGCAAAACACUAAAUGUUAUAUAACUUCCACUGGGAAUAGGGCCCUCAACUCCUCUUGUGGCUGUUUGUUGAAUUUUUCCUGGCCUCUUAGAUGUAUAGUGCCUCUGUCUUUUAGCUCGUACCAACUGUACCCAUGGACCGCGCUGUGGAAUGUGUUGGCACUUUAUAAAUACAGUAUAGUAAUAAUAAUAAUAAUGACUAUAUUUUAGAUACAUAUGCAUCAUCCUCUCAGUGUGUUCUACAGGGGUAAUGUAACAUAACAUAUAUGAAGAGUUAAAGGGAUACUCCAUUGCCCAAAUAAAAAAAAUUAAAAAAAUUAAAAAAAUAAUAUAAAAAAACUCUUUAGUAUAUAUAACCCAAAUGAAAAUGUGCAUGCAUUUAUUUAUGCAUUUGUUUUAUAUUGGUGCUCUAUCAAAAAACAGCUUUAAAAAGCUGUAAAUCUCAGCUAAACUACCCAACUUACAAGUAUAGGUCAGGAAUAUGAAGACAGAUAGGACGUAUCACCGAACCUAAGAAUGGCCGGGUUUAACGUAUAAAAGAGAGAAAUCGUAAACGUGAAGCUAGCCAAGAUCAGGAAACCAGUAACAUGAAAAUACAAUAUAACUAGCCAGGUCAGGAUUACAGAGGUUAGAAGAGUCAGUAAACAAGCCAAAAUUGUCUAACUAGAAAAUCAGGAUUAUAUAAUGCACCAGGCAAGGAAGCAAGAGGAAACCACGGUAGGGCAAUAACUAUGGGGCUGAAAACUUUCUUUAUACCCUGAAGUGGACACUGAAUAAUCCACGUCAACCCUGCGAUCCCAAAAAGUGCAGGAAUGGGGUUGCAGUGAUGACGUGGCACUCCUAGACCCAGAAAUGAUGCUAGGUGUCAUAUGAGUAUAAGCAUAGUGGGCUUGCGAGGGGGCAGCGUUCCUCUCUCUAUUAGAAUACCCAAAUGCAUUUGCCGCAUUUGGAUUGCUCAGGAAGUCCGAAUGCAAGCGCUGAUUGGGAAGGCAGAAGGAACUGGGAGGCGGAGCUUCCUGAUUAAUGCGCAUAGGAAUGCUGGAGCAGCGUGUUGAUUGGGUAAGUAUCGUGACUAGUGAUGUCCCGAACGGUUCGCCAAACGGUUCGCGAACGGUUCGCCACGAACGGUUCGCUACGGACUCAUCAUUGAGUAAACUUUGACCCUGUACCUCACAGUCAGCAGACACAUUACAGCCAAUCAGCAGCAGACCCUCCCUCCCAGACCCUCCCGCCUCCUGGACAGCUCACUAAGAAUGCAGCUUCACAAUGAAUGUAAAAUGGAUGCUGUCCAGGAGGUGGGAGGGUCUGGGAGGGAGGGUCUGCUGCUGAUUGGCUGGAAUGUGUCUACUGACUGUGAGGUACAGGGUCAAAGUUUACUCAAUGAUGAGUCGCGGCGAACCGUUCGGGACAUCACUAAUCGUGACACCUUCUAACUCAUACCAUACUUUCUGUGGCUGUCUUAUCACAGUGAGAAGUCUUUGCAAGGUAGGUGCUCUGAGUAACUGAUGCCUAUUUCUUAAGUUUAGCUUCACAGAGCAAAACAAACCAGGAAGUAACGUGACUGCUUGUCUGAUUGACAGUUUGGGGGGUGUAACUAGGUUAAUUUAAAGAAGUGUAAAUUUCUAAUAAAAUCUACACUUUUUGUAAAAUGAAAAAGAGGACGCACUGUUCACACAUAAAGCUGUUCAGCGAGCUAAUGUGAUUUAGGCAGCUGGAGUGUCCCUUUUAAGAUUCAUCGUAAAUAAAUCGCAAUAGCCGAACCAAGAGUUAUUCAUAAAUAAACUCAAACCAACCCUCCCCAUGACAUCUAAGAAUAUCUGGUGACUUGUAUAACUUGUAUAUAAAAGCAGGUUUAGCAAGCAAGAACAAACAUAUUGUGAAUGAACUCAGAGCUUAAACACACCACUUAUCAACUAGCAUUACAUACAGAUUUGUAGAGAAUACAUUUUAAUUAAAUAGCCACAUGUAGUGGUCAGUCUGAUUCAAUUACCCGUUUGAUGGGGGCUGUCUGUAGUGCUCAAAUAAAGCACUUGUUCUCUAGGUACUUAACUUUUCUGUGUAUCCCUAUUUCCCAUAAAAUCCCUGUCCCUGUAAAAUAUGUAUACUAAAGACUAUCAUGUCGCAUUAACUACAUUUCUUAUAUAAUUAAUGGUAGACAUGUGCACCAGUGAAAUUUUUGUUUCGUCCGAAUGAUUUCGUACUGAAUAAAAAUUUCAUUAGUCAAUCCCGAGUUUCGUCCGUAAACCAUUCGUUUUCGAUCGAAAUUUGUUCAAAAAUGAUUAUUUUUCGUCCAUUAGGACACAAACAGCACUACGCAUGCGCAAAAAAAAGCAAGGAGAAAGCCAGCAGCGCUAUCAGCUCCCUCCUUGUAAUAAAUAACAAUUUGUACCCUCACUCCCCAUUAAAACUUAUGGGGGUCACUAUGACCUAAACAGCGAGCAGCUAGUGGCUACUCGCUAUCAUUUAAAACUAUGACCCCCAUAUUAAUAAAAGGGGAGGAUAAAUCCUCCCGCAUGCUGCGAGUAGGGGCAUGUCCCCUAAACAAAUUUAAAACUACUAGUCACUUGACUGCUAUUGCUGCCCAGUCACUAGUGCAAUAAGGGGGGACCUGGCACAGGUCCCGCAGGCACCUAUUAGGGGUAGGGACCAGGGGGGACAUUAGGUCACUCCUUUAAUUUUUUAAAGUCCACACCUGCUGCUCAUGGGUGGGGACCAUGGGGGACAUUAGGUACCCCCCGUUUAUAUUCAUAGUCCCCAACCGGCGGUCACGAGUGGCGGGGUGCGCUAUGUCCCCCCAUUUUAGUUAUAUUCUGUUUACCACCACUUGUGCCAGGUCCCCCCUUAUGGCACUAGCGACUGGGCAGCAAUAGCUGCCCAGUCACUAGUACUUUUAAAUUAGUUUAGGCGACAUGCCCCUACUUGCCACAUGCCGCGAGUAGAGGCCUGUGGGAAGAUUUAACCUCCCUUUUAUUAAUAUGGGGGUCAUAGUGACCCCCAUAGGUUUUAAAGGUGGGGGACGUAGGAAUGGUUAUUUAUUACAAGGAGGGAGCUGGUAGCGCUGCCUGCUCCCUCCUUGUUUUUUUGCUUUUUUUUUGGCGUUUGGUGUUAUUUCUCUGUGCUGUGGGGGUUAAUUCCCCUGCAGCAUGGAGUGUAUUAAACGAACAAAACUAAAUGAAAAGGUAAUGCAGUCGGCAUUUGCCCUUUUGUUUCAUUUGUAUAUAUUAUAUUAUACUUAUAUAUAUCGCAUGUAGUGCUUUCGUUUACGUUUUAGUAAACGAAUACGAAAAAAACUGAAUUUCUGGACAAAAUCUUAUUCGUACAAAAACGAAUGCACAUGUCUAAUUCGUGGGAAAUUUGCAUUAAAUCUUCUUGGACCUGCCUUUAAAUAUGUAUUUUGUGAUAUACAAUGAUGUUGAUCUAAAUAUCUAAAAAAUAAUAAAUGUAUAAAAAAUUUAUAUCUAUAUAUAUAUAUAUAUAUAAAAAAUUUUUAAAUAACUCCUUUUUCGUGUGAUUAUUGAAUAGUCGGAUUUUAGAUAUCACAGAUGUGAUAUAAUGAGCUUGCCUGGAAUAUCUCUCCAGAACAGCUGUUUGGAAUUAGUAGGUUGGCUUCUAUCUAAACCCAGCUGCUUGUGUGUAGAGAAUCACCCACAACUGUCUUAUAAGAUCAGUUUUAAUUACUGGUACAUUUUCCUCUAAACUGUAUGGGCAAAGAUGCAGAUGCACUCUGAUCGCUUUACAUAAAUGAAUAUCGGAGGGACAACUUUUAUACAAGAAUUACAAAUUUGUUAGAAUCACCUGUAACCUUGGUAAAUCUAAUUCCAGGGUUUUGCAUCUGUCACUGAUUAACCAUGCUAUGAUUUAAUUUAUGUAUAUAUAUAUAUAUACUUCCCACCAGUAGCUAAAGUUAUUUGCAAUACUUGUACUUCUACUAUAGUAUUUAGUUCCAGAUAAUUUAAAGGUUCCUGUUCUCCUGUUUAAGUUUUAUUUUAAAAAAGAUAAUGCAGUUAUGAUUACUCAACACGCAGAAUACUAGUUACUCAUCUUAGUGAUAAGGUUCUGUUUCACAGUCUGCUUUUUCUAUACUGGAAUAAUUACAUGUAAACAGCUACAGUUAAUACACAUAGUGCAAAAUGACAAUGCAGUGGUUGAUUGCUGAUGAGUGUAAAGUGAGAGAACUUAGUAUAUUUCCAGUAAAAAGUCUAAUACUAAGAAUUGUAAUAUAGUUGGACUGGUAGUUGCUGAUUUUGUUGGCUUUUGUGAAGUUAAAAUUUUCUUUUAGCCUUUCAUAAAAGUUAAAGUAAUAGAUUUAUGCUGGAAAAAAAGGUAAAUUGGGGAAACACGGGCCCAUGUAUCUCAAGACUGGAACAGAUUUAGGGAGCAGUGCAACAUUUUAAACAAUUGACUUUCUACCUUAAAUACUGUUAUUUUAGAUAUCGCACAAAACAAGGAUGUGACCCAUGCACAUAUAUACUCUUGGGGUUAUAAUAAAUUUGCCAUUUUCUCUGUGCAGAGAUGGUAUUUACUUACAUAAAUACAUAGAAAUCUAUGUUGAAAAUGACUCAGGUCCAUCAAGUUCAACCUUUAGAAUAUAUCUUUGUAUACCGUUGAUUCAAAAAAAGGCAAAAAACCCAAUUGAUAGGCCCAUUUCAGAACAAAACUGUUACAGGGCUAGUUACGUUGAUGUGAGGACUGGUAGAUUGGCGUCGCUAGGCUUUGGGAGCUCUGAUGAAUUAGUAACUGUGUAUUUAGCAGGAUACCGGCAGUAUAACAAACAUAGAUAAGAACCCGAAUAUAAUAAUGAUGAAUGAAGAAAUCGGAACCUUGAUAAGUAGCGUGUGAUAGGUAAUACAUUGAAGGGUAGCUCCCAACCAUCAACCAUGUGAAUAAAGCAGAACUUUGGUGGGAAGAAUGAAAGACAUCGAGAAGAUGUUCUGUGCUACUGAUGGAAGUACAUGUUGACAGGAAUUUCUGAACUAGUUUAUUAAAUUUAGAAACAUUAUUUGUAUUUCAGCAAUGUUAAAAUGGUUUAUUAUCAUCUUGACACACUGUUAAGAGGUAAAAAAAACAAACAUGCUUUUAAUUAAAUACUUACUCUCUGUGUUUCAUACACGCUACAAGUCAUAAAUAGGAGGAAAUUGCUUGUACAAAUGUUUGUAUGUGCCCUUGGAUACUUCUCUAUCACAGAUUAGAUGACUAUUGACCCAGAAUGCCAUGGUAAAGCUACUGCAUCCUACAUGGGUACAAAAGAAGGACUACAGAACUUGUUCCUGAUCCUGACUUGAUUGACGUAUAGACUAGAUCUCCUGUAGACUUUGAACUUUCAAUACAAGCCUCAAUAGAGGCUCUGUUCAAUGAAACAUGAACAUACCAAGGCAAAAGAGAACCACACAAUAUCACUUCUCUUCAGCAUUUCUGGAUGUAGGUUGUUUGUGACACUACAAUCUCAAGUGAUCAGGUCAAGUGGACAGUUAAAGUAUCAUAUUUCUGGGAAGUUCUUGAACUACUUAUUGACAUGCAGUUUUUUAAAUAUUCUUGCCUGCACCAGUUUCCAACCUGCAAAUAUGGCUGCCUUGAAGGGUAGACUACCAUAAUACCAAACAUAAACAAACAAUGUGGUGGACAAGUUUUGUUGAAUGGAAUAUGUACGUACACCUUCUUGCAUGAAUUCCAUGGAGAUAGUCAAAGCAUUAAUCCUGUAGUGGAUGGAUCUAUAGGGAUAAAAGAUAAAUAAAAUAUAUCUAUAUAUAACAAAUCUAGUAUGUGCUGUAAUUUUUAUACAUUGUUGUAAUAUACAACACCACAUAUACUUAACAGUAUUAACUACAAAGCUGCUUUCUCAUGAUAACUUCUGUUUGUAUCUCAAAUAUAUUUGUUGCUAUUCCAUACUUGUAAUUGUUACCAAAAUAAUAAAACAAAUUCAGUAUCUAUAAAACUAAAAGAUGUACAUUUUACUGACAGGUAUUGACCGACUGGUUUUUCAAUAUGGAAGAUUUAAGGAAGAGCCCCAGUGAAUACAAAAAUAAGGAUCACCCAGUGAAGACAGAAUUGGGAUCACGAUGUGUAGUUUUUACUUAUUAUCAAGGGGACAUUAACAGUGUGGUAGAUGAACACUUUUCAAGAGCUCUAAGGACUACAAAGGAUCCCCAGGAUUUAAGAACAAAAACCAGAAGCGAUGACUAUCUUCAAAAGAACAGUGAGUAUGGCUUUAAAUGAGCUAUUCACUAUGAUCCACAAUGUAACAAUGUGAUUGUAAAGUAUUUUAUUUAUUUAUUUAUUUUUUUAAAAUUUUUGCUGUACAAGUAAAGUAAAGGUACAAGCUGGCUGGCAAUGCCACAACAGCAUGAGCAGGCAAUACAUGUUACAUGGCAAUACAGUGAAAUGGCAAUUGGUAAUUCUACACAUUUUUUGAUAAAGAAUAAUCCUGCUAGGUAAACGUGUCUAAUUCUCUGGAUAUAUGCUGCAGUGAAGAUAGGCAAGACACGGCUUGAAUUGUCUAAGUAAUAAACGUUAGUUUAUAUGCUAGGCAGAAGAACUAUAGUAAAGACCAUUGGAGCUGAGCAGACCGAUGUAAUAUUACAUAAAUCUGUGUGAGACUAAGCGGGAGAAGUGAUUAGGGAAAACAAAUGGCCUCAGCGGGCAGGGCCGGAUUAAUUUCCCAUUGGUCCUGAUACGGACAACUACGAUGGGCCUAAUUACAAAAUAUUAUCAACAGAAAACACUAAAACAGAUAUACCUUCCAAGCGUCAUGUAUCUAGUGGAGGUGGUGCUGGAGGGAAACUCACAGGAUAUAGCUAUCAUAAAACAGAAACCCUAUGCCAAUCUCUCACUUUCAUCUUUCAAGUAAAUCCAUACCCCUAACAGUAGUGUCCGUUGAAGCAGGAUUUCGGUAGGCAGGAUAAAAGGGUGGGUCAAUGAUGUGAAUCAAGUAACCAGAACCAACCAAAGGGACAAACAUGCCCAAAAGGGGGAGCGUGUCUGCACGAAGAAUUAGAUGAUCAGCAAGGCCUGAAUGCAUGUCAGGCUGCCUGCCAAUCAUGCAGGAUGAUCAUCCAUAAUGCGCAGAUAGCACCCUGAGCUUGCUAUGAAUGCGUCUAAUGAUGUGUUAGAUCUACACUACAUUUUCUAAGGACUGUCCCCUAGCACUUGCUGGUCAAUCCCUCUACUAACCUUUUUGCUAGCAGGCACAAUCUCCUGUCUGGGACAGAGAAAAUGUGUAUGUAGUGAGUGUAGAUGAAAGGUAACAUGCCACAGUGUUAGAGAGACUAAAGCAGCAAGAUCAUUUAAAUAGUGCGGAAAGUCAGCUUUACCUUAACUAAUUUUAUUGUCACAACAGUCCACACCAGCCAGUCCACACCAGUUUUGCUCCCCUACAUGCCCCUUAAGUUUUCAUAUGCAAGCAAAAGCAUUUGAAUAGUAGUAAAAAAAAAAAGAAAAAUUUUAAAAAUAAAUAAAUUAUUUAUUGAUUUAUUUCAGUUAGUGGGCCUAUUUCAUAAACAUUGGCUUGGAGCUACAGCUCCAUCAGCCCCUAUGUUAAUCCGGCCCUGUCAGUGGGUGUCUAAAAAGUUUGGAUCAUAGGCUGCAAGUGGUAACCUAAAUGCUGCAGACUCUUGUGCAGCUCUUGCUAUGUUAGGUUGUGAGUGCCUCUGUGGUGACAUAGAGUGCCUUGAUGUAGUCGCUGGAGACUUAUAGUCUGUUAAGAGGUGAAACAGCAGGUCUAAAUAGGCAAUAUAAUAUAGGUUCACAGGCUCUUGCAGGUAUCCCAGGGACUCAUCUGGGUGGCAGUCGAGCUUCCCUUCCCAGGCUUGUUAGUCAUCCGACUUCAGUGCUUGGCAAGCUUAGUAGCUGUUUGGAAAGUUCGCCAGGCGGAUCUGCUUUGUGUCAUUGAUUCCCAACUCCCCUCCAGGGGUUGUGUAUUUUAGACCGAGUACCCCGUGACUCUCACAGUCCUGAGCUCUCCCCAGCGGGCAUUAGCAGAGGACUCGCCACUGGACUUGCUUUGCGGUCUUUCAUUGCGGUGGGUGGUGUGACUUCUCCCCCUGGAGCUCCAUAAAGCAUGAGCCAUUAGUAAUGACCUCGAAGCCGCCGCCAUCUUUCAAGGUAGGCCUUGGGAAUUCGACACCACCUAGUCUCCCCACAUCUGGAGCUCUCCUCAGUGGGGACCGGGAUAACCCCCCCGACCCACGGGGGGGGGAAACGGGACCGGCAAGUUUCUCCGUAAACUGGCGUGUGGUAGCGUCCUCUCCUCUCGAGUAGGCUGCAUCCCCCGAAGCUUUGUGCUUCCUUCAGGGGACCCAAAGCUCCCGAUCUCGGGGUCUGCCACCUCUUCCACCUCCGUGUGGAUGUCUCAUGGGCUCAUUUCGAGUACCAGAGCUGCAAAUUGUAGCCUAAGAGGCCAGAUUUCUCCAGAGUCCCCCCGCAUGCUGCUGGUCAGCAAUUGUAAAGUAUUUUUAUACGAGCUACAAAAUACAUUUUAUUGGUAGUAGCUUAGAAAUCACAACUUUUAUUUAGAAUAUAGAAUCUUGAAUAACCUGUACAGUUAUUAGUUUCAGUAAAUUGUGCUUGCAAUUACAUUUAUUUUUUAAUUGAUUCCAAUUAAUAAUUGGAAUUUGGAACAGCAUACAAAUUACGUAAUGAAGCAACCUCCAGUUCAAAAUUAGAACAUAAUCUGUUUUUACUUCUUCUGAGAAUGUGUGUGUAUGGCCUAGAUUUAACAUCUUAUCGUCUCAGCAUUUAAAAAACUAUAAUCAAAACAUUAUCGAAACCACAGCAGACAGCAGAAAUAUUACAGUGUAAACCUUUAAUCCUAGUGGUCAAUGGACUUUUUGAUCUCUCUAUAUACAAGCCUAAUAACAGCAUUACGAUUGACCUUGUAAUGAAGCUCUGCUCCCAUGAAUACUACACCAUUACAGUUCUACUCAAAUAAAUGCUCUUUAAAUGAAGACUUAAAAGGUUUAUUUACUGUGUUAGGUAGACUAUAGUAAAACAGUGUCACAGGGUUACUCACUAGCCAGGUUAUGCACUAAAGUGUGAAUUGUUGUAAAUUCAAAAUGAAAUUAACAUCUGCACCUCCCAAAUUUGCAAUUCAGAAACACAAAUAGACUCCUAUGUAUAGUCUAAACAAAAUUUGUAAAUAAAUCCAAACAUAUAUAUAUUAAUGGGAACUUGAUAUAAAGUCAAUGUGUAUAUUUAUUUUUUAACAGUAUUGCAAAUUAGACAAUUAGUUCUAAAUUAACAGGACACUGAUCCUUCCUGAAAAAAAAUUUAAAAAAAUGUGUAAUUGCAAACCAACACAUUAUUGGUUAUCCACAGUAAUUAACAUUCCUCCAUGUUAUAAUGAAUUGAUUUUCAUUGUCUUUAAUCUAUUUUUAGUUUUGUGGCAAACACAUUUUCACUCAUAUCUGUGUCAAUUAAUGCAAACAACAUAAUAGCACAAAGCAGUGCUUUUUAUCGUAUUGAAUUCUUGUUGGUAACAUUACUACACUGAAAUGAUUUAGUAGUAUUAUACAAUGAUUUCUACAUUCCCAUUGUUGUAUGAGGACAGUGCUAUGACCCAAUUACUAUGGCAACACACAACAAAGAUCAAACUUGUUUUUGUUUUAAGAAUAGUGCUUAUUUUUGCAGUAAAUAUGUUAUUGUUUAAAUUGUUAGCAAUGACUUUAAACUAUAAAAUUUUGGGGGCUAUAGGAUUCCUUCAGUCGAUGUGAUCACUGACCACCUCUCUUUGCUCUAUACAAGUGAAGCAUUAAAGAGAUUGCUUACCACGUUUCCAGUGCCGAGACUCCUCUGUUAAAGACUCCAGCUCUGACUUCCGGUGAUCUCAUCCAAACCAACGCUUCACAUUGUGAAGCAUUGUUGAGAAGAAUGUAUGCGUGACAAAACACAGCGUUCCUCCAAUCAAAUGUUGCUGUUAGCAGCAUUGCAUUAAAUAACUUAUUUUUCUCUGUAAUGGAGACAGAAGUGCCUCUAGUGACAGUCAGGAAGACAUCUGCCAGAGUCAUUCUUAAAGGGACACUGUAGGCACCCAGACUAAUUGAGCUGUUUGAAGUGGUCUGGGUGCCAACUCCCAUCACCCUUAACCCUGCAAAUGUAAUUAUUGCAGUUUUUAUAAACUGCAAUAAUUACCUUGUAGGGUUAAGUCCUCCUCUAGUGGCUGUCUACCAGACAGUCACUAGAGGGACUUCUGGCUUCUUAGACGACUUUUUGGUCGUCUAAACUAAGCUGGACGUCCUCACGCUAUGCAUGAGGACCUCCAGCAUCGCCGGAACCCCCAUAGGAAAGCAUUUACUAAUCGCGUCGGCGGAGGAGAAGCGUUUGCGGAGGCUGACCCAGCACCGAGGGACAUCGCACAGGAUUCAGGUAAGUAUCUAAAAGGGUUUUAACCCCUUUAGCGACGUGGAAAGGGGGGCGGGCGGGAGGGGGCACUACAGGAUUGUCUAGUGCCAGAAAAACAGGUUUGUUUUCCUGACACUGGAGAAUCCCUUUAACACUUCAAUGUACACAAUGUGCCAUUGAUUUGCAAACAACUUAUUUCAAAAUAGAUUUUUCUCAAUGUUUAAAAAUUGAUUGACAGGGAAAGCAGAAGAAAUCUCCCCCAGACUGUCCUUCUGCUCUCUAUGCAUUAUAUAAACAAUGCAUUCAAAAAGUGUUAACACCUUCAGGACCGCUGACGGUACAGGACCGUCAUCGGAAAUAUCCCCUUGAGGACCAAUGACAGUCCUGAACCAUCAUACCGGUAAUAGUUACUCCGAUCGCCGCCUAUAUAUAUAUAUCAUAUCAUACUAAGUGUAUUUUUAUUUUAAUAUAUUCAUAUAUUAAUAUAAAAAUACACUUUUAAAUUACACACGUAUAUAUAACUAUAUAUUGUAUAUAUAUAUAUAUAUAUAUAUAUAUAUAUAUAUAUUAUAAAAUAUAAAUAAGUAAAUAAAACAAUGUAAAAAUAAUUAAAAUAUUUAAAAAAAAAUAAUUUUAUUCUAACUGUAUUUUGAUAUUAAUAUAUAUAUAUAUAUAUAUAUAUAUAUAUCAAAAUACACUUAGAAUGAAAUUAUAUAUAUAUAUAUAUAUAUAUAUAUAUAUAAAUAGAUAAAAAUAAUACGAAGUUUAUAUAUAUCCAUAUACAAAAUUAUAUAAAUAAUUUCAUAAAUAUACACGUAGACUGCAAAUAUAUAAAUAUGUAUAUAUAUUUAAAUUCUACAUUCUAAAUUUUUACAUAAUUAAGUAAUUUUAUUGAUUGCAAUUUGAGGGACCUGCCUGACAACCCAGGCCGAAAGUACAGAGAAUUAACCCCUUAAGGACACAACUUCUGGACUAAAAGGGAAUCAUGACAGAAUAUUUCCGUCAUGUGUCCUUAAGGGGUUAAAUUUGCUAGCACUGUAUUUAAUCUUGUAACUUUCUAUGACACCCUAAAACCUGUCCAUGGGUACACUCUGGAGACUUCGCUGAACACAAAUAUUAAUGUUUCAAAACAGUAAAACAAAUCACAGCGAUGAUAUUGUCAGUAAAAGUGAAAUUUUUUGCAUUUUUUACACACAAACGGCACUUUCAGUGAUGAUAUAAUUGUUGUGAUAUGUUUUACUGUUUUGAAACACUUAAUUUGUAUCCAGCAAAGUCUCCCGAGUAUAACUGUACCCCCCCCCUCCAUCUACAAGUUACAGGGUCAAAUUAUAAAGGUCACAUUUUUUUACAUUGAAAUUUGCCAGGUUGGAUAUAUUGCCUUUGAGAGUAGCCCAGGAAUGAGAAUUACCCCCAUGAUGGCAUACCAUUUGCAAAAGAAGACAACCCAAGGUAUUGCAAAUGGGGUAUGUUCAGUCUUUUUUAUUAGCCACUUAGUCACAAACACUGGCUAAAGUUAGCGUUCAUAAUAGUUUUUUGCAUUUUCAACACAAACAAAUAUAAAUGCUAACUUUGGCCAGUGUUUGUGACUAAAUGGCUUCUAAAAAAGACUGGACAUACCCCAUAUUGAAUAUCCUGGGGUUUCUACUUUAAAAAAAAUAUGUGCAUGUGAGGUGUGAUUCAGAGAUUUAUGACAGAUAACAGUGUUACAAUGUCACUAUUGAUACAUUUUAAGAAUAAAUAUUUUGAAACAGCAAUGUCCUACUUGUACUUAUAGCCCUAUAAUUGCAAAAAAAGGAAAAAAGCAUGUAAACACUGGUUCUUUUUAAACCCAGGACAAACGUUUUAAUCUAUUUAGCAGUUUUUUUCAUUAGCUUUUGUAGAUAAGUAAAAGAUGUUUCAAGUAAAAGUAAAAAAACAUUUAUUUUUCAUUUUUUUCACCAUAUUUUACUAUUUUUUUUUAAAGUAAAUUAUAUGACAUGAUACAAAUAAUGGUAUGUAAAGAAAGCCCUUCUUGUCCUGAAAAAAACAAUAUAUAAUUUGUAUGGGAACAAUAAAUGAAAAUUACAGCCAAACACAACCACCACAAAAGUGUUAAAACAGCUCUAUUAUUGAACAACAACCAUGUUCUCAAUGAACCCAAAAAACUCAUUAAUAUCAAAGCUGAAUAUAUUUGGAAGUAGUUUUUAGUUUGUUUUUAGUUAUAGCUAUGUUAGGGGGAUAUCUGUGUGUGCAGGUGACUAUUACUGUGCAUAAUUAUUAGGCAACUUAACAAAAAACAAAUAUAUACCCAUUUCAAUUAUUUAUUAUUACCAGUGAAACCAAUAUAACAUCUCAACAUUCACAAAUAUACAUUUCUGACAUUCAAAAACAAAACAAAAACAAAUCAGUGACCAAUAUAGCCACCUUUCUUUGCAAGGACACUCAAAAGCCUGCCAUCCAUGGAUUCUGUCAGUGUUUUGAUCUGUUCACCAUCAACAUUGCGUGCAGCAGCAACCACAGCCUCCCAGACACUGUUCAGAGAGGUGUACUGUUUUCCCUCCUUGUAAAUCUCACAUUUGAUGAUGGACCACAGGUUCUCAAUGGGGUUCAGAUCAGGUGAACAAGGAGGCCAUGUCAUUAGAUUUUCUUCUUUUAUACCCUUUCUUGCCAGCCACGCUGUGGAGUACUUGGACGCGUGUGAUGGAGCAUUGUCCUGCAUGAAAAUCAUGUUUUUCUUGAAGGAUGCAGACUUCUUCCUGUACCACUGCUUGAAGAAGGUGUCUUCCAGGAACUGGCAGUAGGACUGGGAGUUGAGCUUGACUCCAUCCUCAACCCGAAAAGGCCCCACAAGCUCAUCUUUGAUGAUACCAGCCCAAACCAGUACUCCACCUCCACCUUGCUGGCGUCUGAGUCGGACUGGAGCUCUCUGCCCUUUACCAAUCCAGCCACGGGCCCAUCCAUCUGGCCCAUCAAGACUCACUCUCAUUUCAUCAGUCCAUAAAACCUUAGAAAAAUCAGUCUUGAGAUAUUUCUUGGCCCAGUCUUGACGUUUCAGCUUGUGUGUCUUGUUCAGUGGUGGUCGUCUUUCAGCCUUUCUUACCUUGGCCAUGUCUCUGAGUAUUGCACACCUUGUGCUUUUGGGCACUCCAGUGAUGUUGCAGCUCUGAAAUAUGGCCAAACUGGUGGCAAGUGGCAUCGUGGCAGCUGCACGCUUGACUUUUCUCAGUUCAUGGGCAGUUAUUUUGCGCCUUGGUUUUUCCACACGCUUCUUGCGACCCUGUUGACUAUUUUGAAUGAAACGCUUGAUUGUUCAAUGAUCACGCUUCAGAAGCUUUGCAAUUUUAAGAGUGCUGCAUCCCUCUGCAAGAUAUGUCACUAUUUUUGACUUUUCUGAGCCUGUCAAGUCCUUCUUUUGACCCAUUUUGCCAAAGGAAAGGAAGUUGCCUAAUAAUUAUGCACACCUGAUAUAGGGUGUUGAUGUCAUUAGACCACACCCCUUCUCAUUACAGAGAUGCACAUCACCUAAUAUGCUUAAUUGGUAGUAGGCUUUCGAGCCUAUACAGCUUGGAGUAAGACAACAUGCAUAAAGAGGAUGAUGUGGUCAAAAUACUAAUUUGCCUAAUAAUUCUGCACUCCCUGUAUAAGUCUUCCUAAGCCAUCUCUUGAUUUGAGCUACGCUCAAGAUGUUUUAUGUAUAUAUAAUUUACUGUUCUAGAGAAAGUUUCUUUGUGGAACUGAAACGUUGACCUUAUUUUAUGUGAUGGAAGAAAUAAAUCUGGACUUCUGGACUUUGAAGACCGAGAGUGCCGGUACAACGUCUUUUGUUUUGUAUGUAGAUAGUCUGUUACUGGGCACCAGUCAUGAUACAUUUGUUUGAGUGCAGAAUUCUUAAAGACUAUAUAUUUAUAUAUAGUCAGUACAUUUUUAAACACAUAUCUGCACAUCAGUCAAGCCAUAAGACUUGCUUUUCCCACAGAAAUCUUACAUUUGCAGGGAUGUUACUACCGCAAGGUAUUCUGGAUGGGCAAAUGCAAAUUAGUUCAACAAAAAAAAUAAUCUAAUUUUUGACUCAUGAUUCAAUUUUCAACAUGGAUUCCUUGGAGUUUAUUUGCUGUAUACAACAGCUUUGAAACACAACAGGUUGAUUACUGGCUUGCUAGUGAGGCUUGGCAUUACCCACGGAGCGCAAACAAGGAAAGUUAUGAUGGGGAAAAAAAGUGAUUGAAUACCCAUUCCAACUGAACUCAGUGGAUAGUCAAUACAUUGUUAAGCACUGAUCUGCACACCAGUUUUAUAUAUAUAUAUAUAUAUAUAUAUACAUACACACAAAUUAUAUGUAUGUAGGGGAAGACCAUAGAGACUAACAGUUGUUUUUCAAGAAAUGUCUGACACAAGGUGUAUGUAUAUGGCUGAAGGAUCCUUUCAUAUACUAAAAAGUAGGGAAGAAUUUUACUUAUUUUUUUUUUUAUCAUAUACUUCAUUUAAAAAUAAAAAAUCCCUUCAAAGCCUGGGGAAAAGAUCGCUAUAUAAUUUUUUUUAAUUAUUAUUAAAGUUUUCCUUUAAAUUGUAAGGUCUAUAGACUAGAUGUGUUCAAGUGUUGUAUAAUAGCUCAGAAUCUAUUGCUCCUUUAUAAUUAAAUUAUAGUGUUGUAAUAUUUCAUAAAAUAAACGUAAAAUGUUCCAUAACGUGUCAAUAUGUGGGCUAUUAUAUUUUGUUCUUAGGUAUUUGACCCACCUAUGUAGCACCUAUUUCUCAGUAAUAAUUAUGACAGAUAAUGUAGAAAAACCUGAUUUGACAAUCUGUCUGUAGGGUUCCAAAGUAAUUUUUUUUUUACAGAACAAAAGGCAAUUCGUUGGUAAUGUAAAAAUGAUUCAAUGGCAAAGAAAUACUUAUAAUCAGAAACGAUCAAUCACUGCAGGUGUUUAAAUACAAAGCAGCAAGCUUCCUGUAACAAGAAGCUUUGGCAGUUGUCAAAAGCCUUCUAAAAGUGUGCUUGCCUUAUGUGUGACUUAACCCCUUAAGGACCAAACAUCUGGAAUAAAAGGGAAUCAUCACAUGUCACACGUCAUGUGUCCUUAAGGGGUUAAAGGAAAACUACAAAUACCUAAAGCACUUUAGAGUGUGUCCUUUUUUACAUUGACACCAGCUGUCAAUCAAAGAACCAGUUCUAUUACUUCCUGGUUUGUUUAGUUCACUGGAGCUAAAGUCAAGGGGCAGCAAUUGCUCAGAGUAACUGCCUUGCAAAGACUUCUCAUUAUGCUACAUUGGGACUUCUGUGAUAGGACAGCCACAAAAAGUCUGAUCUGGGGAAGAAGGGGAGGGUUUGCAAAGGCAGCAGACAAGAAAUCUGUGACUUUUGCAAUUUUUUUUAGAUAUACCCCAAUGUAAUUAUUAUUAUUAUUUUUUAAUAAUUAAAUGCAUGCAUUUUAUCACAGGGUAAUAUGUACUAUAUAAGAUAAGAAGAAGAUAAGAAUAUGCUUUGGAGGAAAUAUUUCAGUGAGAUGGACUAUUAGCUAAAGCAAUUCUUGCAAAAUGUUGCCGUUAUUAGCAAAUGUGUGUAGGGACUUUGUGGCAGGGAGCUGUUUUGCACCAUGCAGAAGAGACACCAUUGAAAAAAUAGGCCUCAGAUACAAAAUGUACUAAAGCUAAAAUAUAGGUUGGCUAGGUGAUUUAAAGGACUUAUCCCUUAUUGAAUUUGAUAAUUCAUAAAGACAAGUUCCACUGAGGAGCAUGGCUCCGGAAAACAUUACCACUGAUAAAAUGUCACUUUUACUAGUAAUGUUAAAAAUCUAUAUAGAUAUACAGUAAAGUUAGAUUGAAAGAAAAAGACAACAUUGUCUAAACCAGUGAAUUGGAGUCUACAACAUCUGGGGAUCUAUCUAUUGGGCAGUCCUGGUCUAAAACAACACAAUAGUGUUACUGUGAUAUGUUCUCAAAGUGCACCAAAUGUUGGUUAACAGCGAGGCUACACAAUAUUGUUUUUUUAAUCUGCCACAAUGAUGGCUCAGGUGCAGAAACUAUUCAGGUCACCGAAAUCACUGGUAGCAAAGGUUAAAGGGACACUCCAGGCACCCAGACCACUUCUGCCCAUUGGAGCUGUCUGGGUGCCAACUCUCAUCACCCAUAACCCUGCAAGUGUAAUUAUUACAGUUUUGAUAAACGCUAUGCAUGAGGACCUCCAGCAUCGCGGGAAUCCCCAUAGGAAAGUAUUAAAUAAUGCUUUUACUAUGGGGAGGUCUAAUGCGGGAGCACGGCCAUUGCCGCGCAUGCGCAUUAAGAGCGUGGGCGGAGCCUGACCCAGCGCCGAGGGACAUCGGGGCAGGAUUCAGGUAAGUCACUGAAGGGUUUUUAACCCAUUCAGCAACAUGGGCUGGGGGUGGGAGGGAGAGAGGCACUGCAGGGUCCUGCAGUGCCAGGAAAACGGAUUUGUUUUCCUGGCACUGGAAAGUCCCUUUAAGAGAUGUUGCAAUAGAAUGCCUCAAUAUUAUAAAUUUGUAUCAUUAAAAAGAUUUACACUUAACAUUAUGAACCACAGUUCGAGUUUUCUACAAUUAGAGCGAAGAUUUUAUGGUUUGAGCCGAAUAAAUGCUAGAAGCUAUAUAUUGUGUUUGAUUUAUAUCAGUCUAUAGAUACAAUUCAGAGAAAACUCUGGAUUAAACCAUGUUGUCUUUUUAUUUCACUCUAAUGUUACUGUAUAACUAUAGAGAUUUUUUAACAUUACUAAUAAAAUGAUAUUUUACCAGUGGUAAUUUCUUUAUCAAGCCAAGCUCCUUAGUGGAGCUCGUCCUUAUGGUAGAAGAGAUGUUUGAUAAACUACUUGGAGCGGCCCUUUAAAAAUAUCUUACAAAUUAUAAAACCAUUUAAAAUAACAAAAUGAUUAACAAUACAUUUAGACAGUAUUUUUAAUGUUUUAUUACAUAAUAUAAAGUCUAUUUUUGUCAGGUUUAUGCGUAAUGUCUACUGGUUAUGCCGAUCCACUGUGUUCAUUUUUCAAUCCAAAGGGAUUAAUUAUAUUGUUUAGUUUAGUCUUUCUUGCUAUGACUGGUAUGCUAUAGUGAGCAAAGGACUUUGUGAAACAUCUGUGUGAUCAUACAUCACGUUAUAAAAUCCUAAGCAUGUCUGUUCCAUUAUUCAUACAGUGAGCAAUAUGCAGCCCGAUGAAAUGGACUGGAACAAAGCCUAUUCGUCAAAUCCUCCCAUAAGAAUGGCAGGGCCUGUUUUAACGUCCCUAGGAUCUCCUUCUGUGGACCACUACCCAGUCUUCCAAGGGCAUCAUACACCGCCAUCGGAUCUAUAUCACUAUCAUCACAUGGGCCCUCCCAGCCAGAUGAGUUCUGUAUAUCAUCACCCCUCGGUAUCAGAGUUCCAGAUGGUCCAGGGAAUCGGCUCUGAUGGCAAAUAUGGUUCCCUUCUUAGUCUUUUACAACCUGACAGAUACCAAAUACCUCUGCAGGAGUCAAUUAUGAAACCAGAACCUAUUUCAGCUACAGCAACAGGACCUUCUGGAUCAGAAAGUCUGAAUUAUAGAAUGAAUUCACAAGCAGGUAAAUAAAUAUUGAAUGUGAGAUUAAGCUACAGCAUGGCCUUAAUUGUUUUAUAAUUGUAAAAUUUACAAUACAAUACAAUAAAAAACAAAGAAAAGAGUUACCCAAAUCCCUAUGCAUAUAAAAAUAACUGGAGGUUUUGUAUCACCCCAAUGGCCAUUAGGUGUAAACUCACCUUCCACGCCUAGGGAAGCCUCUUAGGUGGGUCCUACACUAACAAUUCACCUUCCUUGCUUCAGCAUCAGGCAAACAAAAUCUCUAAUGAGACAGAGAGGGGUAUUUUUCUUAAAGGGACACCGUAGGCACUGUAUCUGCUUCAUCUCAUUAAACUGGUUAUAGUGUCUGGAGUCCCCUGGUACCACCAUUUCUUUUAACAUUAAACAGUUUUUAACGUUUUAUGGUUCUAAUGCUAAACAAGAGUCCCUGGCAGUCCAUCCCCUCUGUGCUGCUUUGGCUAAUAAGGAAGUAUUACCCCGAGCAGCAAUGAGCAGCUGUGAUUGACUGAGAGUGUCAGCUGACUGCUUUUAGCCUGUCAGAGCACCAACUGACAGUAUGAAUGGGUAUGACAACAAGGAAGUGUGUAAACUCGUACAGAAGGGGCCGGAUUGUGGGUGGCCAGGGACUCUUAUUUUGUGGCAUACUGCACAAACAUGUGCAACACUGAAUGGAGGGACAGUGCCAGGAUGCUCCAGGCACUGUAACCAAUUCAAAGAGAUUAAAUGUUUAUAGUGACUACAGUGUCCCUUUAAGAAAGAUCAAUGAGGGCAUUUUUCUGACUAAACGCUGCUUUUAGUUAUAUGACUAUUUAUUUCUAUUUUGUGAUGUAAACAUCAGGGGCAUUGCUGGUACUUGACAACAAAGUAAAACUUGUACCAUCCCCUAGUCCAACCGUUGAACUUUUUCAAACUCUGCUCCUUACUUCACCACUGGCUUCCAUUGCCCUUGCGUCUUCUUUUGUCAUGCAACGUCAUACUCGACAAUCUAUCAUAAGAGCUAUUGACUCACACAGCACCCAUAUAGUUUGUAUCAAUAUCACAGCACCCAUUGAACAUAGAAUGCCCAUAUAGAAUGCAUCAAUAUUAUAACACCCAUCUAAUAUACAGCAAACAUAUAGAAUGCAUUAAUAUCACUGUUCCCAUCGAACAUACAGCAUCUAUAUAGAAUGUAUCAAUAUCACUGCAUCCAUCUAACAUACAGAAACAAUACAAAAUGUGGUGCAAGCAAGUCCAAGUUCUUCCUGCAGCAAAUAUUAGCUUCCAUGGGCAUACCUAGAACAUUUGGCACCCAGGGCGGAUCCUGUUUGGUCCCUCUUCCUUCCUCCCCCUCUAUUUUUUUAUUAAAAAAAAAUCACCUGCAACAUUUUUAAAAUGUUUUCUUUUUUAAAUGUAUUGCAUAAAUUUGUAAACUUUUUAAAACCCCUGUCAACCCCCUUCUACAAAACCCCUGUCCUGCCCCUUUCCUAAAAAAAACCCUGUCCUGCCCCCUUCUACAAAUCCCCUGCUCAGCCCCCCUUAUACAAGACCCCUGCCCCAAUACAAAACCCCUGCCCCCUUCUACAAAAUCCCUACGCCCCCUCACACACAGUUACAGGCAGACAGUCACACACACACGUAGUCACAGACAGACAGUCACACACGCUCAGUUACAGACACACAGUCACACACACUCAGUAACAGGCAGACACUUACACACACAGAAACAGGCAGACAGGCACACACACACACACUCUCAGUAACAGGAAGACAGGUGCACACACAGGCAGACAGUCACACACACACACACACACACACACACACAGGCAGACAGUCACGCAGUCAGACAGGCAGGCAGGCAGACAGACAGGCAGUCAGUCAAGCAGACAGUCAGGCACACAGACAGUCAGGCAGACACGCAGACAAUCAGGCAGAUUUAUUUCUUCUCACAGACCCGGGAAUAAUGAAAUCCUCCACCCAGGUACCUGCUCUAGCUCCCCCCCUGCAUUUCUAUCACCCGGCCAUGUGUGAGCUGUGUCGGCCGCAUGGCGUCCCCUGCUCCAUGGCUCCCUGUGCGGCCCCUCAGCUCGCACACCCCUAAGGCCAGCCCUGGACCAGUAUGCCACUGUUAGCUUCCUAAAUUUUUAAUCUGAUUUUUAUUCAAUAUGUAGUCUUACAAAUUUUCAUAUCCUCUAAUCUAUAAAUGAAAGUAUAACUGGUGCAAAACAAGCUGUGGGCAGGAGGAGGUUUUUAAUGGACAAUAGCAAGAAUGAACUAUAUAUUUAAAGAGUUACUCUAACUCUUUUUAUUCUGUUCGAAUAAUGAUCUAUUGGCAUUAUUAUUCUUUAGGUCCCUCCUAAAUAACCCUGUAAAAAAUGUUGUCGAAGAAGUUUUACUCAUAUAAAUCCAAUGGUGGGCAAAGGUUCUGGCGCGGCUUGGCAUGUUCCCUUGUGACAUCACAGGAGCUGCGCAGAGUCCAAUGAAAGGGAGGGUGAGAAGAAGUGGGAGGCAAAGAAGGAGGAGGGAGCGUGGGUGGUAGGGUGCAGACAGGAAGAGAGGGAGGGAAGAAGGUGAGACACAAGGUCCCUCUUGCAGGCUCUACAAAGUGAAAACAGAGAAUGUAUGUUGCCAGUGUGCAGUGUGGGCUGACGACAGUUGUAAAAUAUGCACAAAAUUUACAUCUGUCACUUGUGCCGGGGGUGUAACUAGCCCCUGGCACAUAACUGCAAAUAAUUUCGGAUUGGCAGUAUUUUAAGCUGAAGCUCUGCACAUCCAGACUCCUACCACCAUGACUACAUUAAAAAGCAGAUGUGAUCAUAGUGAUUGAAGUAACAAUUUGUUAAUGGCUUUAGUUAUUUAAAAAUGCAAUGGGGGCUGAAUUAUUUUUUACCAUGCUUUAAAGAUAUGUCCCAUAUUAUACGACACUCACCCAAUUUCAUGGUCCUUUAGGACUCUAUUAUGGGUAUAUAUAAGAGACAAAUCUGUCAGCCACACCGGGAUAGAUAAAUAGGCCAGCCAUAUGGGGGGAAUGUUAGCCCCCAGUCAGAGUAAAUUAUAGAAUGUUAACAUGAGUAGAAGAUAACUGCUUAAAAACCCACCUUUUCCCCAAAGCGUUAUGAAUUUUAGAUCAAAAUGUUUUAUAGUUAAGUUGUGUUUCAGCACUUUAGUAAAAUAGUGCGAUAUACGAAUAUAUAUUUUUUCAUUGCAUGUUGCAUUGAUUGAAGUAACUGGACUGAUCAUAGAGAAAAUCCUAAUACACUCUAAAUUAAAAAUCUAUGCAGUGAAUAAAUGUAACCAAUAUGGUAUUUAAUGGUACUAUAGCUCUGAGUUAAAACAAAUUAAAAGAGGCUUUCUACUGAUGGUUAGGCACAUUGGUGAUUUUCUAUUAUGGCAAGGUGGGAAAAUAUAUUAAACCCAUGCAAUACUAACCUUAUAUUAUAUUCUUAUACAGUUGCAAGAAAAAGUAUGUGAACCCUUUGGAAUGAUAUGGAUUUCUGCACAAAUUGAUCAUAAAAUGUGGUCUGAUCAUCAUCUAAGUCACAACAAUUAUUAGUUUCUGCUUAAACUAAUAACACACAAAGAAUGAAAUGUUGCCAUGUUUUUAUUGAACACACCAUGUAAACAUUCACAGUGCAGGUGGAAAAAGUAUGUGAACCCCUAGACAAAUGACAUCUCCAAGAGCUAAAUGUCAGCCAACUGGAUUCCAAUCAAUGAGAUGAGAUUGGAGGUGUUGGCUACAUCACAUUUUAUGACCAAUUUGUGCAGAAAUCCAUAUCAUUCCAAAGGGUUCACAUACUUUUUCUUGCAACUGUAUUGACUUGGGUCCUUAGUAGGGAAACUCUCAUUAAUUUGUAAUGUGUACAUGUACUAUGUCCCAUGGUGUUUUAGCUCCCUCUAAUGGUUGCUAGAGCAAUUGUACUAUCGAUUCAUCAAUGUAAAUUUUAACUCCACCUAAAACAAUAUAAUAUACUAACGGAAGCAAAUGUAUAUUGACAAUUGACAUGUUUAGAUUUUAUGCAAAACAUGCAGGGAAUGGCCCCAGGUGGGCCUGGUGUAGCACAACUGUCCAGUGCCCACCACUGUAAAGUCAAUAAUAUCUUCAGCUAGGUCCCCAGAUUGUACAGGCACUAGGGGGCAAUUUGAAGAACAUCAAACAUGAAUCUAUAUCCACUCUAACUCGAAAAUCAGAAUGUCCAUCAGGAGCCACAAAGCACAGAUUAAGUCCAAAUCACAUUAAGAAAUGUGAGCCUUCACACAGGUAUUAUAACAUGGAACCAGGAAACACACACACACACACACACACACACACACAAACAUUCUGGAAGCUCAAACCAUGCAACCUGGAGUCAGAAACCUGAUUAGCAAUGGUAGAACCUGCUUGGAACAUGAAGGGUUGGCAAAGGGCAUAUGGCCUGCAGACUCACACCAUUCUUUUGUAUAUUACAAUAGCAGCAGGUGCAUGUUAUCUGUGUACAGUAGACCCGUGCACAAAUGUGCAACAGAUUGGGCAAACAAAUCAAAAGCCUUUUUAAUCAAAGCCCUUACGUUCAUUGAAAGAGACUCCACAGGUAAAUCCCGGAUGGAUUGAUUUAUUUGGCCAUGGAUUAAAAGGCGUUUGAUUUGUUCCUCCAGCUGUAAGAUCUAGUUGGCAUCAGCCAAUAAUCAUGCAGCAUCUUAACUAGCCCAACACUGUGUGUGUUUGUGCAUGGGCUGGUAGCCUUCAAUCACAAUGUUCUCCAGGCUUAGACUGGCCACUGGCAUAUCUCCCAGUGCACUCUAGUAUCUGGGGUUCCCCGGGCUGCAACUUGUGAUACUUUGCCAGCAAAAGACACUUUUACAACUACAUACAUGUUUGCAAUUUUUUAUCAGCUUAUAUUUUUUAUUAGUUGUAGUUGCAAAUUAUUUUUAUUGGCUAUUACAUUUUUAGUUUGUCAUAAAAAUGCUAUAUUGUGCCCUUUUAAAAAAAUUUUUUUAUUAAUCUUCACUUUUCUCUUAUUCUAGGUCUUCAUCCACAGGAAAGACGAAAAGAGUUUUUCCACCCUCAGGAUAGAAGGAAGGAUUUAUACUUUUAUUAA